CGAAGAACGCCAUAUUCGUUCGUGACUCCGUCGCAGUAUGACGUGUGUGGCGUUACUCUUCAAGCUUCACAGAUAAUCGACGGAGUUCUAGCAAGAUGUCGAGUGGUUUACUCUCCCUCAAGUGGAAUAACCACAGGUCCACUUUCUUCCAUGUCUUGUCUACAAUUCGUUCUAAGGAAUCCUACUGUGAUGUCACCCUGGCCUGUGAUGGGAGAUUUUAUUCUCUGCAUAAGUUUGUGCUGUCAACUUGUAGUGAAUAUUUUGAGGAGAUGUUUGAGAGGACACAGUGCAAACAUCCUGUUAUAGUCUUGAAAGACAUCAAUUCUGAAGACUUGGAAGCCUUGUUGAAUUAUAUGUAUGUUGGUGAAGUUAAUGUUGUGCAGGAGAAAUUAGCUGGGCUUAUCAAAGCUGCCGAGUGUUUGAAAAUCAAAGGCUUAGCAGUUCCUGAUGAAGAUCCUAUGGAAUCUAAAGAUAAUUCUAGUAUAGGUAGAGAACAACACAAAAGAUCUCAGAGAGGCGAGGACAGCCCUCGUGCCAAGAGAAGAAGAAGAGAGAACUCGUCGGAUGUUUCUGAAGAAAUCCUCAGUCCUGUGAGGUCGCGACCGAGUGGUAGAAGCCGAGACCAUCACCACCACCAUCAUCACCAUGGCAGUCACAAUGCCAAGAGUGCGCCUGUAGCUCCUAGUGGAGAUAAUGAAGAUGGCACCAGAGAGACCCAAGGGCUCACUGAUGCCUCUGAAGAGGCAGAAAAUUCUUCCAUUAACGCCAACAGACAAACUGAUUCUAGUUCAAACAAAACCAAUUCUGCACAGUCUUCUAGUCAUAAGAAAGAAGUAGUACCUGAAGAGGUGACACUAGAUGACGAUAAUGUCAAAAGUGAGCCUUUAGAUCUUGACAACGAAGACACCGGCGACGACGACAUGGACAACAAAGAUGGCCUGCACCACGACCUGGGCUUCGACGGCUCCGAUACCAUGGGCGGCGCUGACGACGACGGUAAUUACGUUGACGUCGACCCCUCCAUGCUGGGCCAGGGGCAGCCCCAGAGCGUAGAGGACGUCGUGGCGCAAGCCAUGCCUGGUUCUUCUGGUUUUCAAGGAAACUCUUUCCCUCUGUGGGAAGGAGAUGGCAGCUUAUCAGGAUUCCCCUCUGAAGGCUUCUCUGGAGACUCCUCUCAAGCACGUCAGAUGGAGACGACUUCGCACUGUGCCUCCUCCGUCCGCCCUCCCCUUGAGACUGCUCCCCGUUCUCCACCACCUCCCCUUCCUUCCCAAGUGUGCGAUGCUUUGACUUCUGCAAGCAUUACCCGUCCACAGCCUCUACAGGCAUCGCCUCUCAAACAAGAACUUAACCAGAAGGUUCAGGCAUAUGAUUUGGAACCGAAAGAUGCCUCUCGUGUGUUGCACGCUAUCGAUGCCUCGGGGCAGCGACUACCUUUCUACGACGCCGAGGGCUGCGAAAACAUAUCGAACGCUGCAGCUGCUCCUUUACCAAGCCUGUACCGCGUGAUCAGACUGCCUUCUGGCGAGUGCUACAGGCAGUGUGUACUCUGUAGCUACACGGCGCCUACAUCUUCCAGGAUAUUGGACCAUAUCAAAACGCACACUGGCGAGAAGCCUUUCAUUUGUCCACAUCCUAAGUGCACAAAAACUUUCACUCGCAAGUUUUCUCUUCACGCACAUCUACGUCUACAUACUGGAGAGAAGCCCUUCAAUUGUCCUGUGUGUUCCCGAUGUUUUUCUACUAAUAGUAUCCUUACGUGCCACAUACGUACGCACACGGGCGAAAAGCCCUACGCUUGUCCUCACUGUGCCUACCGUUCGACGCAACGUACUGCACUCAAAGUCCACCUUCGCAACGCUCAUGCUGACUUCACAUUUUAACUUAGAGCCUUAUUGUGCCUCAGUAGUGAGAAAGACCUGACUUAAACUUUCCAAUUUUGAUUUAUCAGAAAAUUAGCUAAGUGUUCAUCAAACAAGUAUAAGCCCACCUCAUUGGUUUUGCAAUCCCUGCUUUAUAUUAUCAUUGGAUUGCUAGAUUCAUUUAAGAUAUUAAAAUCAUUUUAAGACAAUCAAUGAUAUCGAAACAGUUGAUCUUAAAAGCAAAUAAUGCGGGAUGGUGAACAUGGCUUAUUACUUGUGGCUUAUUCUUUAUUUGAGAAUUUAUUUCACUGGUCUAGCUCACUCUAGUUGUAGGACGGUUAGUUUGUUCUAGAUUUCUUGAACUCUUUCAAUAUUUUUGUGUGAAAAGAGGGAAUUCGAUACCCGUGUAUUGUGUAUAAACUUUUUUUUGUGAAAGUACAAGGAUUGGACUUUUUUGGUUCACUCUUGAUUGAAAUUGCAGUUGAAAGUUUUUUGUGCGAUUUUGAUGUAUUUCUUCACGUGAGCUGCAAAGCUGUUAUAAUUAGUAUUUAUCAAGAGUCUUCAUAAGCCAAGCGUAAUUUACGUCUGAGGAACAUUAUUUUUUUUCAGGCUUGGAUUUCUUGGUAUAUAACAUAACAAUGUUUUUUUACACGAACCUGUCAAUGACGAAUGUUUUUGGAACGAAACUUUUAAUUUUUAUCCUCCAUCGUCCUGUAUUGAUUUUGUUGUUAAUAAGCACUUAAAUAUUUGCUGACAGAAAAUUUAUGCUUGUGUUCAUAAAUAAACGUUUAGUUCAACACGUUUUUCGCGUAGGAUGUGAAUCUUUUAGGUUUUCAUGAUUAAGAUUCCUAGCAUUAUUACUUUUCAAUUGCAAUUGACCACGAGUUCUUGCACGAAAAUUUUAUCUGUAGGCCGAAAUUUUGCCUCAUUAUUCGGGAAGUUAAAUCCUACUUCACUCUAUGGCAAUGUAAACACUUGAGCUCCAUUUUGCGGCGAUGCCCUUGGUUUCAAAUACAAUUUUUUUGUAUAAACUAAAGUCUCCAGAAAUUUUUAUUGCUAAACAAAGCACACAGAGUUCAGAAACUGUUGGGGCUCGUGCGACGCUCUGCUGGGAUAUCUAAGAUGCUGGCGUGUUGACAUUAGCUAUAAGCAAUCGCUCACCCACGUGUUCUUACUAUCUCGUAUGAUUAUUACACGUGUCACAGCACACAAAAUUGCCUUAAUUCCUCACGUUUAGUUUAAGGUUUUAGUCACUCACUUUCUGUACUUAUUCAUUUACCAUAACUUAAUUGUGUAUGUAAGUAAUGUCUGCAAGUAAUUGAACGACACACCAAUACGAAAUAAUCAUUUGUGUGAACUUUCAUACGUCGUGAUGUCACGUAUUUUUCGUUUUGGACAGAUGAAUUUCGACUUUCGCGCCAUGAAAUCUAUUUCACGCAUGACACUGAUACCUCGUGUGCCUGAUAAAGUGAUGGAUGGUUGCUAAGACGUUGAUUAAGAUCGUUUUAGCAUGUAUAAAUUAGUGUCUCUAUGCAACAGUCGCGACAAGGUUCCACGCUAAGUACCUGCCUAAACUUCAGAUUCUCUGCAGAUAUGCAUUCGCGUUAUUCUCAAUCAAUUCCAUUGCUCAUCGAACAUUCCGGUAGCAGCUACAUUUCCGUCUAUUUCACUGUAAGUUUAUGAUAAGCGUAUUUGAACUUCCUGAGUAGGAGUAUUAUUUAGUGACAGCCGCGCAAAUUCUCGUGCGACUGUUUAAUUCUAUGCAUUGUUGCCUUCAUAGGAAUUAUAAUUAAAUGAGUUAUUUUGA